AUGGCGGAGAGCACGUUCCCCGUCGUGUCUAUCGCGUACCGCGAGGAGGAUGCCGCGGCGCUCAGAGACAUGAGGAUGGCCAUGGAGAAGCAAGACCUGAGCGAGGCUGCCCUGGGAGUCACAGAGCGGGCCAUCGACGCGAACGCCGCGGACUACACCGCGUGGGCGUGGCGCUGGCGCUGCCUCGAGGCCCUGCGCUCGGACCUCGACCAGGAGCUCGAAUGGCUUGAGCCAAAUAUGUUGUCGAAUCCCAAGAACUACCAAAUGUGGAAUCACCGCCGGAGGGUGGCCGGGGCGCUCUGCGCGGCCGACGGGCCCGCGGUGCUGGGACCGAGGGUCGCCGCGGAGCUGGCAUUCGUGGAAGAGGCUCUUCGGGACGACGCGAAGAACUACCACGCGUGGGCGCACCGGCAGCACUUCGUGGGGGCCGUGCUGGCGGGCGCGGACGGGGCCGCGGCGGCGCAGGAGGAGGCCGAGUUCACGGACCGGCUGAUCGAGCGGGACGCGCGGAACAACUCGGCGUGGAACCACAGGAUGUACGUCCUGCGGGCGUCGAUGGGUGCGGCGACAAGCGAGGCGGACGCUACGAACGUGGUGCGGCGGGAGCUCGCGUACGCGUGGCGGCGGAUCCACCCGGUCGGGCACUACAACGAGAGCGCGUGGGCGUACGCGCGGGGCCUCGGGACGCUGCCGGGCGCGACGUUGGUGGCGCUGUCGCCUGUCGUGGGGAUGGCGAAGCGUGUGCUGGACGACAGCCCGGGGUGCCCGCCGGCGCUCGCGGCGCUGGGGGAGUACUGCGAGGCUGUGUGCCGCGCGGGGCUGGCGGAGGCGGCGGCGGGCGGCGGGGAGGGGGUGUUUCAGGCGUCGGCGGAGUCGGGCGCCGCUGCGCUGCGGGCGUACGCGAGCCUGCAGGGCAGCGACGGAGUGCACGCGGCGUACUGGCGGACACGCGCGGACGCGCUCGCGGACCACAUGGGCGGCGGGGGAGCGGCGAGGUAG